AUGCGACUCAGAACCCUUCUGGGUUUCCUAUCAUUCCCGGUUUUACUGAGUGUCGUAGCGGCUCAAUCCACAUCAUCUUCACCCAAUUCCUCCAAUUCUGCCUCCUCCACUUCGUCUGCGAGUGUCUCUCUAUCUCUCACAACUGCCACAACAACGGAAACAACCGCUGUCACUUCUAACAACCAAAUUUCUUCGUUCACGACCGUUGUGACCACUGUUUUCAAUGUCAGCGUUACUGCUACACCAACAUCUGCUUCCUCUUCAGUAUCCGCAUCAGCUUCCGCAUCAGCAACGGCAGACCCCACUGUCCUUCAAACAAGACUUGAUCCUGCGUUUGGCGUUCUUGGAGCAAUCUUAAUUCUCACUGGCCUUCCUAGUGCCUUUUGGGGCCACAAGAACCGUUGGACGUCAUUCUUUUUAAUCGGAUUCUAUACUCUUUCGCUCGUCUGUUUCGUUCUCAUUCUAAAAUUUGGAAUACUUCCGGCAGUGAAUCCGCCUAGCAAGACAUUGCGCGGGAUGUUCGUUCUGGCUUGCUCAGUCGCAGGCAUUGCGGGUGGAGCUUGCGCUAUUUUCUUCUGGAAAGCCGCUCGAUACGGAAUUGGAGCCUGGGGAGGUUUUGCUCUUGCCCUAUGGAUCCAGUGCUUUCGCGAUGGCGGUGUCAUUAGAUCCGAAGGCCUCAGAUGGAUCAUGUAUAUUGGUUGUGCGGUAGUCGGCUUUGUUGUAUGCACGAUACCAAAGAUUCAUUACCACGUUCUUCUCGUAUCGACAUCCUUUGUUGGUGCUUCAGCUUUCAUCCUUGGAGUAGAUUGUUUCACUACUGCUGGUCUAAAAGAGUUUUACGUCUGGAAUGUCGGAUUUCAGACCCUCUUCACCCGGUUCACGAGCCAGGGUAUUGAAUUUCCUGUAACUCAGACGAUGCAGAUCGAGCUGGGAUUAAUAGGAGCCGUUGCUUUAAUGGGUAUCGCUGUUCAGCUACGUAUACUCAAAGUGUUACAGCGCAAGUUAAAUGAAAUUUCCCAAGAGCAGAAGAAACGAGACGAGGAAGCCGAACUGGCAGUUGCAGGUGGGUUUGCGCAUGUUAUGCGGGAAAGAGAGGAGUGGGAGAAGGAACAUCUCAACAAGCAUGGGCGACAAGAGAGCGGAUACUCAAGCAUGCCCCUCAUGAAGGAUCAGGACGGCUCGUCUUCACCAGGUCUUACAGCAGAACAUCGCUCCGAUUACACUCAUGUAGCUGCCGACGGUCGUCCCCGUUACAAUUCCGGUGUAUCCGAAUUCCUUGCGGCUCCUACCCCGAACGAUGAGCUCAAGCGUGCCACUAGUCGUGGUCUCCAGAGUCCAGGUGUUUUACCUGCUCUAGAUCUUGGCCUUGGAAUCAAAGAUGAUGUUCCAGAUGGGUUUAUGGCCAAAGAUGAGCUUUCUCGCAAGGUUACUGUAGCUGACAGAGAGGCUGAGCAGAAACGUUUGGAACUCAUGGAGGAGAUUAAUACCAUUCGCAGGUCAAUCGAUGUUUUGAAGAAUGGCUCACCUGAACCAUCUUCUGCUUCUGCUGCUGGCUCUCGUCGUCCUUCACUGACCUCCCGUCGCACUCUUAGCAUGGACGCCAACAGUGCUCUUCUUCCCACACCGUCGCAUGUACGACCACCGCGCGAGAAAGAUCCUAGAUCCCGCGUCCACUCUAUGGAUCUUAUCAGUCAUAAUUCCAUUGGAGAAUCCCUUGGCCGUCCCACCAGUGCACCGUUACGAGACAAUGAUUGGGAUGCUUAUAUCCAGGACAGGAAGCUCUUGCAACCUCCUGCGGGCGUUUCGCCUCCCAUAGCUACUACUCCCAUGACAUCGUCACAUACGCGCAUACAUAUGCCACACGCGGUUUCGGAAGCUUUACAACAGCGGAAGCGUCGUGAGAGCGCCUUAGGACUUACAGGCGAAUAUUCGUCAAACAAUAACUCUUCCGAAGAUAUCCCUCUGACGCAUCUUGACCACCACCGUACGACAAGCUCGACAGGAAUGAAUAAUAUUCCUGUCACAAUCCUUCCACCACAAAAACCGAUCAUUGCCCCUACCCCCCAGCGUCCAGUCGCAUCUCGGACACGAACUUUUGAAGAGUUGAACGAAAGGCAUAGGGAAAAAAUGAAGGUUAUUCAGAGUCCCCUUACGAAUGCCGAAAAUGAACAUGCGCAGAUUCAAGCUGCGAAGGAGAGAUGGGAGAGGUCGAAAGCUUUAGAGAAAGAGGCGGUUACUCGGAGGCUGGUCGAGAAGGCUGCGAUCUAUGAUAAGCGCAAGAAAUCUGAAGAUGACGCAGAACGGACUGGACGAAGGUCGAUGACCCUGGAUGACAAGAAGCGUCGUUCGCAUUCACGAUCUUUGAGUGCUGACCGGCUAGCUGCUCUGGGCACAUCGUCAAAACGACUGUCCACAAUGAAAGUUGAGGAUUGGCAGAAGUACCAACAGGAUUCCGACCAUUCCCCCGUGUCACCUUCCCGCCGCGACUCGCGAGGAUUUGUUUCGGAUAGUGUUCCCUUUCCAGAACGCAAUACUAAAACACGCCGAAAGAGCAGAGAACCACCGAGCUGA